ACGCAUCCGUCCGGAAGUUGUCGCCCUAAGGUCCCCCGGAAGUAGCGCUGAGCAGUUGUUAGCAGCUAGCUUGCUUUGUGGACCGUCCGGUCGGAUCUCAGGCCAGUUUGGAUCAGCAGCUGCAGGAAUGGGUUCAGUUCUUCCUCUCAGAGACUUUAUCAGGCAGAGACUGGAUGCUGCUGCGGAGGAGAUCUUCUCCGAGGUGGAGAAAACCAUCAUCCGCCUGGAGGAGGAGCUGGCCGCCCAGAGCAAGCUGCUAGCUGUGUGCCUGAAGCCGCAGGUCAGGCUGCAGAGGCUCGGACUUCCUCCCAGACGAGUUUAUAAGGAAGAGGUUCUGACCGACUACGGGAGUCUCUGUGUUCAGGACAAGGUGGAACCAGAACCUCCACGCAUUAAAGAGGAGGAAGUGGAGCUGUAUCCCCCUGAGUUCACACAGAACCUCACAGAACGAGAACCUCCACGCAUUAAAGAGGAGGAAGUGGAGCUGUAUCCCCCUGACUUCACACAGAACCUCAAAGAACAAGAACCGCCACAGACCGAAGAGGCUCAGCAGCAGCCAGAACCUUUGCAGGGAGAAGAAGCUUUGGAUGAUCCAGAAUCUCCUCAGAAUGGAGAUGAACCGUGUGGACCAGAACCUCUGCAAAUGGACCAGACCCUGGCUGAGCCACACAGUCCGCAGAUCAUAGACGACCUGGACGAGUUAGGACCUUUUGACAUCGAAGAGGCCCUGUCAGAACCAGGAUGUCCACAGAUUAUAGACGACUUGGGCGAGUUGGAGUACCUGGACACCGAGGAGGACCUGGAGGAACCAGAACUCCUGGAACCAGAAGAUAAUCAGGAAUCAGAAGACCCAGAAUCUCCCCAGAAUAAAUCCAGAAAAUUGGAGUUCUGGACCCGACAUGACGAUGAGGGUCUGCUACUUAGGAAGGAGUUUGAUACCUUUGUGCCGCGACAUAGAGAGUCCAAUAGCGCAGAACCAUCAGGGAGUUCUGAAGACUACCUGGCAACCGUCCAAAUACCAGAACAGAACCAUGUUUAUCAGGAAGACGUUCCAACUGAGCCCGAAAAGUUCCUCAAUGUGGAUUCAAAGAAACCAGGGUCGCUCCAGAUUAAAGAAGAGCAGGAAGAAGUGGGCUCCAGUCUCGCUGGACAUAGACCAGAGACAGACUUCUUCAUGGUGACCGUUAACUAUGAUGAAGAGGAGCAGAGUGAACCAGAACCAAGCAGUUCCCAGCAGUCCGAAGACUCAAAUGAACCCAAACCCUUUGUUUGUAAGACCUGUGGCAAAAAGUUCUCUAACAUGUUGCUGCUACAAGACCACCGAGACACGCACCAGAACGAGAAGCCUUACUCCUGUGAGCUCUGUACGCGGCGCUUUGCCCGGAGGGACAGUGCCUUUCGCCAUAUGAUUACGCACACCGGUGAGAAGCCCUUCUCCUGUAAGAUCUGCGGGGAAAAGUUUGGCUUGAACAGUCACCUGGUGCGCCACCUGAGGCGGCACACGGGGGAGAAGCCUUUCUCCUGCCACAUCUGCAACAAGACCUUCAGACAGAGCAACACCCUGACCUGUCACGUCAGAACUCACACAGGGGAGAAGCCCUACCCCUGCAGUGUGUGUGGGAAGGGCUUCGUCAGGAGGAGCGCUUUGGACAUCCACAUGAGGAGUCACACGGGAGAGAAGCCGUAUACCUGCAAAGUGUGUCACAAAACCUUCACUGGAGGGACGGGGCUGAGCUUCCACAUGAGGACGCACACGGGGGAGAAGCCGUAUUCCUGCAAACUGUGUGGGAAAGCCUUCAGACAAUCCAGCCACUUGCUGUGCCACAAGAAGCACUCCCACAGGGUCUGACCUGCAGAGUGAAAACAUGUGGUUUUCUGAUCCUGUGCUGAAUGAGUUAAACUAAACUGGACCUUCAGGCGGUUCUUUUGGGCCAUUGAUACCAGGAGAACAUUGGACACUUCAUUAACCUACUGCAGGUGGCCCUUCUAUCAGUAGCAACAGCUUUAGCAUAUUUAACGCCACCUCAUGUAUGCCUGCUGAUGUUCAGAGGACAGCAAUACACAGUGGGACAUAUGGAAAGUGUUUAUCAUAUAGUGAUGUAGGAUCUACUUUGUUUUAGCUACUCAGAUGAAGUCUACUCUACUUGUGAUUAGAGGUGAGUAUUGGUAUGAGUGUUGCGAUUCGAUACAUGUCGCAAUACUUGGGUCACGAAACGAUAUUAUCACGAUAUUGCAGUAUCACUAUAUAUUUCCAUAUUUUCCCCAGCUAUCAAAAUCA